AGGCGGCGUAGCACUGUGCCUAUCAAACUUGGGGCGACGCAACGGAGAGGCUCUGGUACGGUUCGUAUCACAAGAGCACCGCGAUAUCGCACUCAAACGUCACAAGCACCACAUCGGCCCGCGCUACAUCGAAGUUUACCGAGCCAGCGGCGAGGACUUUUUAUCAGUGGCCGGUGGAAGCAGCUGCGAAGCCCUGGCGUUCCUCAGCCGAGGCGCAGCAGUCAUAGUGCGCAUGCGAGGCUUGCCCUAUGACUGCUCUGCGCAGCAAGUGCUGGAUUUUUUCGCCGCCGGCGAAAACCCAUGCAAUGUGAUGGAUGGAGUGGAAGGCGUGCUGUUCGUUCGCAGACCGGAUGGAAGAGCCACCGGCGACGCUUUUGUGCUUUUUGCCGAGGAAGAGGAUGCGCCGAGCGCGCUCUCCAAGCACCGUGAGGUGAUCGGCUCGCGAUACAUCGAGCUGUUCCGGUCAACGACAGCCGAAGUGCAACAGGUGCUGAAUAGGUCGAUGAUGAUUGAGGCGGCGCCCCCUCAACUGCCUCCAAUCCCGAUUCCCAAUUAUCCGCUACUGCCGCAACAUGUUAUCACCUCUGGCACACGGAAGGACUGCAUCCGUCUGCGCGGUCUGCCCUAUGAGGCGCAGGUGGAGCAUAUUCUGGACUUUCUGGGCGAUUAUGCGAAAAACAUCGUGUACCAGGGGGUGCACAUGGUCUACAAUGCGCAGGUGAGUUUUCUCGGUUUCGUGCGCUUAAAGCGCGUUGACUCCAACGGCUCGCCUCAAGCGCCACCCGAGAUGCGAUAAAGUCUUGGAACACUU